AGCAGGCAGUGCUCCUGAGCGGGUAGAUGCUAUUAGCUGUCCAUCUAGUGCCCACGUUGUUCCAAAGGUCUUACAGUAGGAGAACGGCGGCUCUAUACUACUGGACUGACGCCUUCGAAUAGUGCUGGAUAAGCCAGGGAGCACUUCUAUCUUUGUUAGGAUUUGCAAAAACAUUAUCUUCUGUGAUUUGCUCCAGCAAAUGCCACUGUAUACCCUGAAGUCGCCAUUUGGAACAAAGUUGCGGCUUUGCUAAGCGUGCUACACUGGACGGUCAGUGCAGGUGCGCAGUUCAAGGUGAUGGACUACACGUACGACGACGACCUGGAUGAACUGUGUCCGGUUUGUGGGGACAAAGUCUCUGGCUAUCACUACGGACUGCUUACCUGUGAGAGUUGUAAGGGUUUUUUUAAGAGGACAGUACAGAACAACAAGCGUUACACGUGUACAGAAAACCAAAACUGCAAGAUCGAUAAAACACAAAGGAAAAGAUGUCCUUUCUGUAGAUUUCAGAAAUGCCUAACAGUAGGAAUGAGGUUAGAAGCUGUACGAGCAGACCGUAUGCGAGGAGGAAGAAACAAAUUUGGCCCAAUGUACAAGCGAGAUCGUGCCUUAAAACAGCAGAAGAAAGCCCUCAUACGUGCCAAUGGUUAUAAACUGGAAACUGUGCCUCAGACAAUGGCCCCUGUUCAAACUGAUUAUCCAAUCUCCUCCUCUAUACACAACAUCCAUUCGAUAUCAAAGAGUAUCCCUCCCAACCCAGCAUCAGUGACUCCUGUGGACUAUGACAGAAACCCAUAUGGACCAUCUUCCCUUGGCAUGACCAUGGCAAAUCAUACAGGACUGGCUGGCUACCAAUACACAUCAUUUCCAAACCGUGCCAUCAAAUCAGAAUACCCUGACCACUACACAAGCUCACCUGAGUCAUUAGUUGGUUACCAGUAUCCUGAGGUUCAUCAGAUCAGUUCACCACCCAACAUUCCACAGCUCAUCCUGGAGUUUCUGCAGUACGAGCCUGAUGAACCCCAAGUCCAAGCAAAAAUCCUAGCCUGCUUACAGCAAGAACAGGCAAGUAGAGGAAAACAUGAAAAACUGACUACAUUCGGCCUGAUGUGCAAAAUGGCAGAUCAGACUCUGUUCUCCAUCGUUGAAUGGGCACGAAGUUGCAUUUUUUUUAAAGAACUAAAGGUAGGCGAUCAAAUGAAACUUCUUCAAAAUUGCUGGAGUGAGCUCCUUGUGUUAGAUCACAUUUAUCGACAAGUGCACCAUGCCAGGGAUGAUAGCAUACUCCUGGUUACUGGCCAAGAGGUGGAAGUAUCAACAAUUAGAGCCCAGGCUGGAGCAACUUUGAAUAAUCUGGUACUUGUAACACAAGAGCUGGUAUCAAAAUUACAGUCUUUACAGAUUGAUAGAAGAGAAUUUGUUUGCUUCAAAUUUCUGAUUCUUUUCAGUCCAGAAGUGAAGCUCCUAGAAAACCAUCACCUGGUUGAAAGUGUCCAAGAGCAAGUGAAUAAUGCUCUUCUUGACUACACCUUGUGUAACUACCCACAGUACACGGACAAGUUUGCACAGCUGUUGCUACGGUUACCGGAAAUCCAGUCAAUCAGCAGGCAAGCAGAGGAGUAUCUUUAUUAUAAACACCUGAGUGGGGAGGUGCCGUGUAAUAAUCUGCUCAUUGAAAUGCUUCAUGCCAAGCGAGCUUGAAUGGAAUAUGAAAUAACAGACUUUAGUCAUGCCUAAUAAGUAUAAUUCUGCAAAUGCGGACUUCAUGCCAGAAUUUUUAACACAUUCAGGGGGCUCAUAUACUAUGAAUUGUGCCUGCUGUGUUUCACAGAGAUCUCACUAAAUGUGUAAUUUACAUGUAUUAUUAAAGAGACCUAAUUUGUUUAUUUUAAUAUACUGUAACUGUUGUUUUAACAGUUUUAAAUGAUGUGUGUAAUAUUUUAUUGUCUGUAAAGUUCUCACUCACUUGAUCACUACUGAUUUCUUGCACUUAACAGUUGUCAGUGUCAGAAAAGCAGUAAUUGCAGCUUUAAGACCACACUAAACCAGAAAGAUAGGAGCAGUUUGUAAGAAUAUUUAAGUGAUCCAUGUUAUCUGUUUUAUUCCUACACAUUGUUUUACAAAGCCACUUGAGCCUGGCUGUCCACUCUUAAAAUGUUUUUGUGCCAUACUCACAUGUGAAACCUAAUGCACAUUAAAUGUAUCUGAUACAAAGUAUGCUAAAGAUACCAGCUGAUGAAUGGUCUCAACAUUUGUAGUUAUAUGGUUUUAGUCAUCACAGUGUACUGGGGAAAGAAAUGUCCAGAUUUAUAAAGUGUGUAUUCUUAAACAAGCUACCUGCAGUAUUAUACAAUGAAAAUAACAUGAAGUAUUAAUGAG